GCAUGGUAUUGGGGAAUACCUCACAUGUGUUCAAAAUAUUUGUAGCGAUUGCGUUUGCAUAAUGUCCAAGAUUUCAAAUACCCAGAGAAGGCGGAAAAACAAGAAAUUUGAUCAGUUCAGAAGAAAAUUAAGGGAGUCACAAAAGAAUGUAAAAAAUGCUCCAAGAAUUGGGAAACCGCUGAAGAGUAUAAAGCACAAAAAACUGAAGUCAGUUGAUCCAUUUUACCAUGGUGAAAGAAAAGAUAUGUUGUUUGCAGGCAAGGAUCAAAAGCCAACAUCACUGGAGCAAGAGAUCCCAAGAAAAGCCUUAGAAGUUUUAGAGCUGAUGAAACAAACUGAACAAGUGAAAAAAGGGAGAAAGAGGCAAAAGCAAAAAAAUAAGAAUAAAAAUAAACUAAAAAAUUCAGUUAUAUGUGAAGAAAAUAAACAUAAACAGAUUCGUGAUGUUCCUCAAUUAGAAGUAGAAGAAUCCAAAAGUAACAUGUUUGUGCAACGACCAGGAGAGUCUGACAAACGAUUUUUACAUAGACUGAAUGAAGAGUCAAAAAAGGCAAUGUUAAUGGCAAAACUGGCAGAUAAAUGGGAUGCUGAGGUUGUAGAAACAGAAGAUGGAGAAUACAAGUUAAAAAAAGAAAAGAAACCAAGUGAAAAGAAGAGACGAAGAGAAGCCCAAAAGAAAGAGAAGAAAAUGCUGAAAAAAGAGGAAAAAUUAAUUGAUGGGUAUCAAGAUUUUAAAACAUUUGAAGAUCGUGUAGAAUUUGGGGAAAUAGUACAUGCACCACCUUCACUAUCUGCUUUACCCCGGAAAGCUAACAGAGAGGAAGGUGGUAGAAAGCCUGGUGCCAAGUCACUAAUUCUGAAAGAUAUUUUAAUUUCAAACAAGGUGAAUAAUGAUAAUCAGAAAUCAUCUGGAUCACGGAAAGUUGGACAAACAUUAAAACGGAAAUUAAUGUCACCAGCACAACAAGUAAUAUUAGACAGUGAACGUGAAAGAGUUAUUGAUGUGUACAGAAAAAUAAGAGAUGCCAAACAAAAAAAGACAAACUGAUAUAAUGUGUGAUGGAACUACAUGUGUACAGUGUUUAUAUAGAUAUAUUAAAGGGAAUGAAAUGGUG